CGGAGACGCGGCCGUGCGCCGGGGCCACCAUGACCUGGAGCGCCGCGGCGCGGGGCUUGCACCAGCCCGACAACACCGCGUUCACGCAGCAGCGCCUCCCCGCCUGGCAGCCGCUGCUGUCGGCCGGCAUCGCGCUGCCGCUCUUCUUCUGCGCCGGCCUGGCCUUCCUCGGGCUGGGCCUGGGGCUGUACUACUCGUCCAACGCCAUCCAGGAGCUGGAGCACGACUACACGGGCGACGCGGGCGCGGGCAGCUGCGCCGCGUGCGCCGCCCAGGGCCAGGGCCGCGCGCCGCCGCCGCCCUGCUCGUGCGCCUGGCACUUCACGCUGCCCGAGCUCUUCCCGGGGCCCGUGUACCUCUACUACGAGCUCACCGGCUUCUACCAGAACAACCGGCGCUACGGCGUGUCCCGCGACGACGCGCAGCUCAGCGGGCUGCCCGGCGCGCUGCGCCGCCCGGCCAACGAGUGCGCCCCCUACCAGUUCUCCGGCGGCCUGCCCGUGGCGCCCUGCGGCGCCGUCGCCAACAGCCUCUUCAACGACACCUUCUCGCUGUGGCACCAGCGCCGGCCCGGCGCGCCCUACGUGGAGGUGCCGCUGGACCGCGCGGCCAUCGCCUGGUGGACCGACUACCACGUCAAGUUCCGCAACCCGCCGCUCGUCAACGGCAGCCUGGCGCUCGCCUUCCGGGGCACCGCGCCGCCCCCCAACUGGCGCCGGCCGGUCUACGAGCUGAGCCCGGACCCCAACAACACCGGCUUCGUCAACCAGGACUUCGUGGUGUGGAUGCGCACGGCGGCGCUGCCCACCUUCCGCAAGCUGUACGCGCGCAUCCGCCAGGGCAACUACUCGGCCGGGCUGCCCAGCGGCGCCUACCGCGUGGACAUCGCCUACAACUACCCGGUGCGCGCCUUCGGCGGCCACAAGCUCCUCGUGUUCAGCAACAUCUCGUGGAUGGGCGGCAAGAAUCCCUUCCUGGGCAUCGCCUACCUGGUCGUCGGCUCUCUCUGCAUCGUCGUGGGCUUCGUCAUGCUGGCCGUCUACAUUCGCUUCCAGGACCAGGACGACGACGACAACGACGAUGAGUGAGGCCAGCUCCCCGAGGACCCUUUGGGCUUCCGGCCAGAGGCCUUCAGAGCGCCCCUGGGCGUCCCGCUAUCUCCCCUCACCCCCUGUCGAGCUCUCCGCACUUUGCCUACUGCUGUGGAUAGAAGGCCCAGAGAAAGGGGUUCUCCUCUUUCCCCUGGUGCCCGCAGACUCUCCGGUUGGUCUGGGGGAGUUGGGGCGCAAGGGAAACCUUGCAAAUUCUCCGUCUACUUCCUGGCUUACCAAGUUGACAUGUCAGGUUCUUAAGGACUGUAGAAUUCCAGAACCCUAGAGACUACUAUUCAGCCCUUGCGGGACGAGUGAUUGAGAGAGCUGGGAUGUUCUCAUUUCAUUUCAGGCAGCCAGCCGGUGACGCCCGACUCUGGCAACGGAGCUUGGCUUGGGGCGUGGGGUGUAGGGUCUGGUGGGGAGUUGGGAUCGACAGUGCGGCCCACAGUUAAUUGGCAGAAACGCAGAGCUGGGGAGAAUGUGCUUGUUGUGCAUAGGUUACCACCAACCCCCCAGCCUGGACACACCGAGGCUGGCAUGAAUCACUCCAAGUCGUGUUUAACAAGAUCUUCUGGAGUUUCCUGUAUUCCCUCUCAUUUGGGGAUUGCAUUCUUGGCCUGAAGCAGUAAUCUGAGUUCACAGUAACCCUAGUUCACUUUUUCAGCUAGUAAUUUGUUCCUAGGGGCAGGGCCCAUCAUGGUGCGGCCUUAAACAGAGGAAGUCCUCUCUGUCUGUGCAGUGGGUGGGGAAAGAUGCUACCGCUGGAAAACUUGGCAAAUGGGUUGUGCCAGGGUUUGUGUCAACUCAUCCUGUACUUUGGGUGUAAAACAGACUUUACCGCAUGCUGCGUAAAAGUUGACAAUACCAGUUUGUGUGGCUCAGUGAGGGUGCUUUAAGCUUAAAAGCCCAGAGUUGGGAGGAAUCUUAGAGGGGAAGCUAUCCUGUGCUAUCACACCCCUGUCUCCUGACAGUUAUCAGUCCUGUGUUGGCUGAUUUUUUUUUUUUAAUGUUUAAGAGGAAGGGCUUCAUUCAUGCCUUUUGUCUUAGAUCUGAAAUAGAAGGGGUUUAUAUUUAUGUUCUCAAGUGAAACAUAUUUGUUUCUAGUAAUCAUGUUUAUUACAUGAUUCCUCUAGUAAUCAUGAGAAAUAUCUUAUGUGUAAACUAGAAUUUUAGAAUUAUUUGAACCUUUGAGGUAAUGGUAAAACCAGGCAGUUGAUUUUAUUGAUCCACUAGAAUCCAUCAAUAUGUGUAAAGUAGACCAAUAGAAUAUUUUUAUACAAAAACCCUUUUAAGGCAGAAGAACUUAAAAGUAAAACCAUUUUGCCAGGUUAUUUGUGGAACCAAAGAGUUCUUUGAUAAUUCAUGGGAAUUCUCCAGUGCCUGCUAUCUAUUAUAGCUUUUUCCAGUUACUACUGUUUAUUCUCAUUAGUCUACGGUAGUGCAAGAUCUUGAAGAAUGUUUUAGCUUCCAGUAGUGUAAUCUUAAAUUGUAUUGAAUAGUUCACAUUGAUUUUAUGAGACUCUUAUAAUUCUUUGAAAAUUAUUGAUGGACGGAUAACAUGCAUGUCAUGAGGUCUGUCUCUGAAUCUUCUAGGAAUGAUUUAAGAGAGUCUGUUCCAUUAUUUAGAUAUAACAAGUACUUAGUAAUUCCAACAUGUUGGUUUCCAAACUCCUAAAUGUGAUACAAUUUUGUUGUCAAAUCUAAUAUUGUGAUUUUAGGCUACAAAAGCAUCAUUACAUAUGCUUUGACUCAUUUUUAUUUAUUAUGAAUAUUUGACCAGCUCAGUAGCCCAGAUCUUCUGUGUCGGAGAAGAAUGCUUACUAUAUUUUCUACCAUGUAAUUUGAGAGCAGAGUAUAUUUUACUAGUAUUUUUUAAAUAGUCUGUUGCUAUAAAAUUUCAAAUAAGACCCUAAGUCCUAAGGUAUUCUGAUUAAAUUAAUGGAUACCAUACUAUUAAAAUUAAUGGAUCCUACUUUCUGCAAUUCUAAAAGAGAAUAAAGGUUAUGUUUGUCUUUGCUUUAUUAUCAUGUUUGCUUAGUUCUUUUGAACUCUGAUCUUAAAGGUACAAAUACUACCAGCCAUUUUCCUCAUUUGUUAAUAACAGAUUUAUAAUGCAGCAGGGAAAUCUUUCAGAAUAAGGCUCAAAAUGAGCUCAGUCUUUCAUUGUUAAUUUCCUAAAACAGAAUUUGAACUUACAGCAGCAUCAACAUGCGUAUGAAUUAAAUGACCCUCCCUAUUACUUGAAUUUGAUAAAUGCGGUUGAUAUUUUAAAUUUUUUGGUAUUGAUAGAUAUUGAAGAACAUGGUCAUAAUUCUUGCUUCUCUGUGUAUUUUACUCGAAUUGUAAACUUCAGUUAAUUGUUGGGCAUUUGGGACUACAAAGCAGCGGAAACUUUAAAAAUGAAAACAUGAAAUAUUUUCCUGCACUGACCCCUGUGGCUGAUAGCAUUUUGCCUGGUGUCUCAGGAUUCUAGCUGAGAUGAAGUCCUGUGUUGCCCAGUACCGGUUCCCUAGCUAGAGGCAGCUGUGUCUCCUAAGCAAGAUGGAAAAGAGCUGCAUUGGAAAUGUGCUUCGGCCUACCUUGUCCAAUGAAAGCACAAACAAAAGAGAAAGUAACAUGGUCAGCGAGAGGUCCUCAGCAGUAAGAGAACAAGAAAAAUCUUCCAGGUGCCUCCAUUAUCAAAUCAGCAAUUUGCUGGUGACUCAAUUGUUAAAAAUUGGAAGGACAAUAAAAGUCUGGAAUUUCCUGUAGAGCACAUGUCACUGUGCAGUGUAUAACCACCCCUUCUGCCUCGCUUUCAGCCUCGUGCCCUCUUCUGCGUGGGUGAUCUCAGGAAUCCUGAGAAACUUCUCAAGGGUGAGUUGGUGGGAGAACCACAAUCAAUCCAUUCCUUACUUGCUCCUGGCUGCAAGUCGAUCAUUACUAUAAUACAAGUAAAUUCCCUCUUCCUUUAUUUUCAUUGGACAUUUCUUUGCAUCCCAGAUGUUUUUUGUACAUAAAAUACAGCUGGCUGAUCUUAGAUGGCAAAUUAAAAACAAAAUUUUAUCUUCUC